AACACUGUAAACAGGGAUAGCGUCACGUGGAACGACGCACCUCGGAAUGGAACGAUUAUGCUACAAAAUGUCAAAAAAGCAAAAGUACGAAGGACUAUAGGGGCGGCGACCGCGGCUCGAAGGGAAAGGGGGAAGGGAAGCGUGGCCGUCAGUUUCUCGCCGACCGCCGCGACGCGAGCACGCCCCGAUGCGACCCGCGCCCUGACGCGAUGGCCUCGUCCACGAGCGGCAACAUCGUGAUCGAGUGGUUGCGAUCGCUCCACUUGGGCCAGUACGCGGAAAGUUUUAUAGACAAUGGUUACGAUGACUUAGAAAUAUGCAAGCAGGUCGGAGAACCCGACCUGGACGCCAUAGGCGUCUUAAAUCCGACCCAUCGUGCACGAUUGCUGCACUCCGUCAGAAGUUUGAGAGAGGAAGGUGCAGCGGCUGUUUAUUUCACGUUGGAGGAGGCGGCCGCCGCUCGGGAUUCCUGCAGAUGUGAGGAGGAGAACAGGAAGGAGCAGGCCUCGGCCGUCGUGGAGCCGGCAAAGUACGCGGACGAGUACGAGGAAGGAAAGGCUGAGCUGGUGAAGAUUCCUCGGAUUCAGCUGAAGCGUUUGCUGCGAGAGCGGCUGGCGCAGGACGGGAUCCGCCUGAGCCUGCAGCCGUAUUCAACCACGGAUGGUGACCGGGGCUACCUCGAAGGCCUAGCGUCCCGCUACGCAGACCUCUUCUCCACGCACUACGGGGAUGUCCUCGACCACCUUGAGGAGUUACGGAGACACGAGUGGGAAGAGAUGUCUCCUCGGAUGCGGGUCCUGGGCGGGCCUGGGACCCCGCAGACCCCGCCGUCAGCCAGCCCUGGGUCGCUAGCGUUGAACAAUCUGACGACCAGUCUGUCGCAGCCGAUUUAUGUACCGGGGAAAUACUCGUCUUAUGUUCAACAGCCGUCCAGCUGCCUGACCGACAAGGAGGAGGACGAGAUCUACGGUUUUGGCUACGGGGUGUUCGGCAAGCAGAUGCUGCAGCGGCAGCAACAACAGAAGCACCUGUUGCUGGCGCAGCCGACGCAGCCGCUCAUUCAUAACCAGCAACAUAAUUAUCAGAGUUGUUUGAGUCCACGGUCGGCGUAUUUCUACGAAUUUCCCCCGAGUGUCUCCUCUGCAGACAACUGCCUGGGCACAGCCAAGAAGAAGGUGACCACAUUCUCGCGUCUGCUUCGCGGACUCAAGUCUCAUAGGAAAGAGAAGCACGGCUCCUGUUCGCCGAAGCAUCACAGUCCGAGGCAGAUCCUGCCGCCGCAGCGGGUGGACACCCCGGACAGCGUGCUGCAAAGCGGGCUGGGUCUGGGCCCGGGGCCCGACACGGCCCUGCGCUCCAUGGUAGACCCGAGAGACUAUGAUCGCCUCCGCUUCUUUCAAAUGAACGCCCAACCCAACACCUUUGAAGAGACUAUACAUAGGUUAAAAGUUCAGGAAGCAAUGAAGAAAAAAGACAAGAUAGCGAGAGAACAGGAAGAGAUUUUAAGAGAUAUUAGACAUGGACUGAUGAACAUGGGACGGGAUGGUGUGCGAGGACCUUUUGGGGACGACACGUAUAUGUACGACGACGAGGCGAGAGGCCUGUCCGGGCGAGGGCACUGGUAUGACGAGCCGCCGUACGAGAGCGAUCCCGAAGACUUUCUCAUGGGCGGAGGAGCCCCGGCUGCCUCGUUUCAAAACGGCCGCGUGUGCUUCACCCUCAACCUCCGCAAUGAAUCGAGAGGCGAAGGCGUUAUAUCUCUCAGAAGCGCCGGCGACAUAAGCCUAGCAAGAGCCCCUCGACGGGGAUUAAUAAUACCGCAGAGCGGACCCUACCCGACAACCGUGAUCCCGUUACGAACAGCAAGGGACCGUGAGAGCGGAGAUUACGCUGCAUCCGACAUACAGUCUAUAGGCUCGAGAUUGUCUGGAAUAUCACUGGACUCCACGAGGUCAGAGAGGGAUUCAAGGAGAGGCUACCGGCAAAUGUCAGGAUACCGGAUAGGCGACCCACUGUCGCCCGCUUCUUCGGAUUACGAAGAUCAAGAAAGUGAAACUGAUUCACAACAUAUAGCAACCGUGCACCAGUCGGCCGAAGAGUGCGAAGGGGUGUCCAACCUUGCAGGAAAAGUACGGGGGCUUAGGCAAGAUGUACAAAGAAAAAUUUCAAGAUUACGACAAGAGACCGGACCGGAAGGCACCGACCGGCGGACGAGCGCCGACCAAGCGUUCCCUUGUUCUAAUAGUUCGUUCGAAAGUCUUCCCAGCGGAUCAGGCAGUAGCACACAAGCAUUGGUUCGAGCCGGUAGUAAUCACUCAUCUCUCUCGGCAGAAGAAAAUAUAGAAUUAAGUCCGGCCGGGCGGAGCUUACUCGCGCCGCAAAUGCUGUGCCGGGCGCGCGCGCUGGUCGAUUUCGUGCCCAAUAUUUACGACAAAGAUGCUUUGAGAUACAAGAAAGGGGAUAUCAUCGAGGUAAUCAACAUGAACGCAUCUGGGAUCUGGCGAGGCGUUUUAAAUAGCAAUGUUGGAAACUUUAAAUUCGCAAACGUUGAAGUACUAUCUGACAGAGAAACGAUGCGAUCGAGAUCAUCAAAAUGGUGCAAGAGUCGGGAGAGGCUUUGGGAAACGCGACCAAGAACGGUGGAAGAAUUGUUGAGGAGAAUAGACUUACCGGAGUACACAGUGGCCUUUGCAAGAAAUGGAUAUGAAGAUAUAGAACUCUUUAAAGAAAUCGAACCAUCCGAUCUCGACUACUUAGGAAUAAUGACCCCUGAGCACCGCACUCGCAUUCUUGCUGCUGUACAACUGCUGCACCAACUCGAAUGUGGCGAAGGUGACUGUGAAGGAGAAGGCGGAGGCUCCAGUUCCGAAGGUGGCGAUUCGCCGUUCGGUCGUCGGCAGUUUCCCCGUGACUCCGGGUGUUAUGAAGCGGGCGUCGGAGUCGGCGGAGUAAGAGUCCGGACGUCUCCUCUCGUCCACAGAUCAGACGAACCGUCGCACCGGCCACCAGAGCCGGCUCCACAGGCUAAGCGUUCCGUCCGUCGCCGACAGCCCGAUGACGCCGAAUGCGACAGAAUUGAGCGUUACCCCGGUACCAAUGCAGAAAGAAUCACGAACAGGACCGUCGGCUUGCCUGGAGGCGGCCGGGACGAUACAUGCGAAUCAGAUCACAGGCUUAACGUAGUCAAAUUCGUGGCCGGCGGAGAACCUUGCGCUUCGGAAAAGAGCAGUGAUUCCGGUGUGAGUAGUUCUUCGCUGAGUUCGGCGCAUCCUCAUCGUCCCUGAGCGAGGCCCGCCGCGCCCGCGCUCGCCUAGGCACUGGCGCGGGCGCGAGCGCAGGCCGCGCUGCCGCCCGCACCCCCCGGCCCCGCCGCAGAAGCAGAACCUUCCGAACCGCACACCGAGUAAGGCCUCGACAGGCUGUCGCGUCGCGUCUAAAGUGAAUCAGUAUUUUUGUCGUACAUUCCACCUUAUUCGAGUUUUACGCGCCGGUUACCGUGCAUUAGAUGACGACCAUGAGAAGGGACUAUCUAAUAUGCUUGCUAGGGGGCAGUGGGGGUUACCGUGGACGUUUUAGGCAUUUCGUCUAUCAAUCAGGCCGUUUUCGUAAAGAAAGCUAGCCGAAUAGAUUAGAAUGGCUGCAAAGAGCUUAGAAGUAUGGAAAACACAGAUAGACUUUGAAUCAUGGCAUUUAAAGAUUUAGAGAUGUUUGUUCCGAAAUAAGACUGAUGGUUCUGUCUGGUCAGCUUUAAAACCUACUUCUUCAAUCUUAUUGUAUAUGGGCAUACCGCCUAUUGUAAUAUUUGGUGUUAUGUUCAAUGUUGGAACUAAAAGCAAUUUCUCUGACACUAAAUAUUAUUAGUGAUAUAUUUAAUAUUAUUUUAACAAUGUUAAAGAAAUAAAUUUCAUACCUACUUUAUUGACAAAACAAGAGGACAAAUGAGUAACAAACGUGUUUGUAUGAAAACUAUUUCUUUGAAAUUACACGGUGUUUCCUGUAACAGGAGCAAUAAAUUAAACUGGAGGCUGUACGCCUCAAACUAACCAACAUUUGUUCAGCAACUUUUUAAAAUUAUGUUUUUUUUAGAUUAUACCUUUUUCAUACUUAUUAAAUAUUAUUUUCAAUGUACGCUGUCAUCUGUGUGUUUGACGUUUCUUGUCACCCUUUAAACAUAACAAAUUUUGCAAUACAUUGCGUCUUAGAAUAAACUUUAAAGUGUAAUGAAAGUCAAAACACGUUUUUUUUUAGAAUUGCUGUACAAAUGUAUUUCUCCUAUUACAGGAAACACCCGGUAUAUAUAUUAUAUUACUUUCUUUCUAGUGAUUAAAUUGAUGAGUUUUAAAGUUACUAGGGGAAAUUACAGUGGCUUAGUCUUUGAAAUCUUGUUAUUGUGAAUCGUAUAGAUAUGAUAUUUGUUUAAAAAUACUGUUUUGAAAUAUUUUGUCUCUAUCAUUCCUUUACUAAAAUUAAAAGCAUAUCAUAACGACGCCAACCUUAUUUUAAGUUGCUUUUAAGCGUUAUUUUCAUAAACUCUGUUCAAAAAUCACAUUCAAAGUUCUUUAUGACAAUACACAACCAUUGAAAAUGGUUUAUAAUAAAUUGCUGUCUCUCCGCUACAAAAUGUUCUUUUUGAACAGAGUAAAAUAUAUAUGUAUAUCGAUGAAUUAUAAGUUGUAGAAGAGGCAAUAAGCCAGUUAGGACUGGGGCGUUGUAAGCGCAACAUUUCGAUAGCAAUAAUUGUAAAUAAAGUUAGUAGAUAGGCUAAUUAUUGUACGUUGAACUUUUUGUAAUUUUUUAAGAGAGCUUUAUGCGGGUGUCCGCAUGUACAGUAUAGUUGUAGGUGUCCCGGUGUGAGAUUUUGAAUUUCACCCAAGCUUCCGACUCAUGUUUUUGUCGUUCGUCAUACUUUAUGGCUUUCACACUUGCGACUGGCCCGUGUCGUAAAAUGACAAGUGUAGUUUUACUGCCGGCUGAAAAUCUGACUUAGUUUAGAAAUUCGACAGACGACCUCCAUAAAAGUAAAACUAGAGCUAAACUCUGAUUUGUAUUUCCAACUCCAAAAAUCUUUUUCUGAUACUGUUUUAAUAGAGCUAGAAUAAGAAAAGUCUCCAGAGAUUUUGACAGCACACGCAGUGCCAGUGUUAUUUAUACGUCAUAAUUUCAUAGAAGUUUGACGUUUAAAAUAACACCUGCACUGCGUGCGCUGUCAAAAUCUCUGCAGACUUAUCUUGGUUUGACUCUAUCAAUGACUUAUGUCCUUGUCGUUACAUUUUAAUUUUUAAAUUAUUAACAAUUCUGUUCAGAAUUAUGUUUAUUUAUCGGAAUAAAAAUGAGUUCAACUCGAUAGCUCAUAAGCUCAUAAAAUUACAAAUAAAUCAUUGACUGACAUGGAAAACUAAAUGUAAACAUCGCCAAUUUUUUGGAAGGGUUUUAAAGCAGAGCAUUAAUAGUCUAGCUACAAAUUGUUUAAGUCCGUGAUGUACUUAUUUGCCAGUCUCCUACAUUUUUCGUGUUUUUGCCCAUUCAUUGUAGGACUCGCAGAGACGUCGUCCGGCCAGUCUCCGUGCAAAGCGACUAAUUAGCGAACACUCGCCUGCCAUCAGUGUUCCCUUUUGUAAAUUUUGUAAAAAUCUCCUUAAAAUGCACUUUUUGACUACAAUUGUGAACUAGUCCGAACUAUUAAGUGUAUAUAGAUAAAUGUUUGUUACUUGUAUAUUAUAGAUAGAAUAUAUUUCUUUGGCAAUUAUUGUAUAUUCAAUAAUUCAUUCUUUAUCGAAAAUAAAUGUUAUAAAGUAAUUUAUUUAUAAUUGAAUUACGUUUCAAAUGCUCAGGUAGAAAAUGUGGAUCUAUUCGUUGGAUACUAGGAUUGUUUUAAGACUUGUGAUUACUGAUACUUAAGCUGUACAUUACAUCUUCAUUUCAUUUGUGUUAGCCAUAUACUACUGUAAUAGUACUUUUUUGUAGCCAUAUUUAUAUUUUUUUAAUACAGACCUUAUGAUGUAUGUUUACAAAUCUGUUUACAAACAUGGAUUCUAAAUUAAUAAAUCCAAAAAUUACA